GCUCGUCUUCUUCCCCCUCCUCCCGUGUUCUGAACAAUUGCACCCCCCCCCCGUCUCGUCGACGCCGAUCCCGGAGGAGGACCUCUGAGAAGGCUGUUGAACUCAUCGUACUGCCUGAGCAAUGAAGUUCCUAGAAUACACCCCUCUGGAACGAAUAAAUGAUUUCUUGGAUCAUUUGAGUCUUGGCGAAUGUACCAUUGAAGGGUGCCUUGAAGCUUACUCUUGCAAGCAUACGGGAACAGAUAAGAAACUCUCCAUCAGUUUGGAGCAUGAGAUGCUUGAUUAUCUCGGAAGAUCUUCAGACACUGACUCUUCUUCACCAGUUGAUCACUUGUUGAGCAGAUCCAGCCGAAAGACAUUGAUCUAUCUGGUUCUUACACUUUAUCACAUGUGUCCGGAUUAUGACUUCAGUGUGGUGAAAGCUCAUCAGUUCUUUACUGAGGAAAGCUGGGACAGUUUUAAGCAGAUCUUUGAUACGUACAUGUUUGAAGCAUCCAAGGAAUGGGUACAGGCAAAUGGUGAUGGUUCCCUUAUUGAAACCUUAAAAGAGGCUCUGGAUGAGGUUGUUAAGCUAUCCGAAUGUGAAAUAUACAGCUAUAAUCCCAAUUCAGAUGCAGACCCGUUUUCAGAGAGAGGAGCAAUAUGGUCUUUCAGUUUCUUCUUCUAUAACCGGAAACUAAAGCGCAUUGUUAGCUUCCGAUUUUUAUGCUUAAGUAACUUAGUGGUGGAGGGACUGCUUCCAAAUGAAUUAGGCUACGGUGAAGACGAGGAAAUCUUCGACGACAUGGACAUGUAAAUACAACGCUUAGUUGUUAUGUGUAUACUGUCCAGAGUAGAGACUUUUAGACUUCCAGCUGUACAUGUCUCGUGUGAAGCUGUAUUCGGAUAACUCAAUAGUAGGUCUAGCUAGUUUAGCUUUUCAGCGUGCAGUUGCAAAUGUCAAUUCAAUGGGAUUUAUGCGUGUAAAAAGUUGUUUGUAAUGCUUGAAGACUGGAGGAUCAUGUCCAGACUUGUUGAUAUUUGGAGCUUCUGUUAAGAGGCUUUGGCCGAACAAGUUAAAAAGCAAAGACUAUGGAGGCAUGCCCCCGUUUAUUCUUCUA